ACUCGUAGAUUAGGAAUCGAGGCACGCAACGCAACAGCAUAUAAUUAAAUUUCCGACACUUCAGUCUUUCUCUCUCUCAAAAAGGUUAGAAACACGCACAGUCAAACCAAUACUCGCGGCUAAUUUUGUUCCAUAAAUAAACUCAGUCUCGCCGGAAAAUAGGAUUUUAAUCCAGCUGACACCUUCCUCGCCGGAAACAUCUUCACUAGCUGCCGCAAUUCAACUUUUUUCUGCUGAUUCAUCUCCCGAUCUCUGAGCUGCAGUUUGGUAUGAAAAUAUAUAUAUAAACAAGAGCUGUUGAUGAGGGAAGCUAAAUCAUGGAGGAACCUUUUUAGGAAAAGAAAACUCCAUUGUGAUUUGGGAUGUUAUGGCAUCAGGAUGAAACCGUUUAUGGGAGCUGCUUGUAUCAUAAUGCUGUAUAUUGUAUAUAGAACCACAAAUUAUCAGUAUCUGGAAACCGAGAUGGAGUCAAGAUUGGAUCCACUCUACUCAUCAAAGGAAUAUGCGUUAGCUUCCACAAAUUUGAAGGGCUUACCUCGUGGUAUUAUUGAAGCUAAAUCUGACUUGGAAUUAAAGCCUUUAUGGUCCACAAGUAGCUCAAAAUUAAAGGGCGAUGUUUCAAGUACACAUAAUUUGCUGGCAAUUCCAGUGGGUCUCAAACAAAAGCGUAAUGUUAAUACUGUUGUUCAAAAGUUUCUUACAGCAAAUUUUACAGUUAUCUUAUUCCAUUAUGAUGGAAAAGUGGAUGGGUGGCGUGAUCUUGAGUGGAAUGACAAGGUCAUACAUAUUGUAGCCCACAACCAAACAAAGUGGUGGUUUGCAAAACGAUUUCUGCAUCCUGCUGCUGUGUCCAUUUAUGAUUAUAUAUUUCUGUGGGAUGAAGACUUAGGAGUGAAUCAUUUUAAUCCCAGAAGAUACUUGAAUAUUGUUAAAACGGAAGGAUUGGAGAUAUCACAACCAGCUUUAGAUCCAAAUUCGACUGAUAUACAUCAUCGGAUCACAAUACGGAAGAGAACAAAUAAGUUUCAUAGGAGGGUGUAUGAUAGCAGAGGCAGUGUGAAAUGUUCAGAUGACAGUGAAGGGCCACCAUGUUCUGGAUUUGUAGAAGGAAUGGCUCCAGUUUUCUCAAGAGCUGCGUGGCAUUGUGCUUGGCAUCUUAUUCAGAAUGACCUUGUUCAUGGAUGGGGAAUGGAUAUGAAACUUGGCUAUUGUGCACAAGGGGAUCGGUCGAAGAAGGUGGGGGUUGUUGAUAGCGAAUUUAUUGUUCAUCAGGGAAUACAAACAUUAGGCGGGGCUUCUUUUAAAAAGAGCUCUAAUCAUGUGGAUUUGUUGAAGAAACAUGGUGUUGAUGUGCGAGCUGAGAUAAGGAGGCAAUCGACAACUGAACUUCAGAUAUUUAAAAAGCGUUGGGAAAAAGCAGUGAAAGAGGAUACAGCCUGGGUGGAUCCUUUCGAUAGAAGAAGAAAACAAAGAUGAGAACCAAUCACGAUUUUUGACCCUUUAUUUUAGGUGUUUAUAUACCCUCAAGACAAUGUAGAUAUCUGCUCACUAGCCAAACCCCCAAACUUGUGUGACAACUUUCUCAUUUGGAAGCUGAUAGAUUUUUUUAGGGAGAAUUUUUUAUAUGCCAAAGAUAUGUGGAAAAUAGUU